AUGAAAAUCUGGUCAUACUUUUGGUGCGCUGCGCUACUCUUAGCGUGCGGCGUUGGCAGCGAACUGCAGCAGUGCCUCACGAACGAGAAUCCAAAUAAUGAAAAAUUCAUAUUGGAUGAGAACUCGUGGGAGCUGAUGCUGCAGGGCGAGUGGAUGAUCGGCUUCUGUGUGCCGCUGAUCAUGGCCUGCAUAAAAUUUAAUCGCGUAUGGAGCAAGUUCGCACACGAGAAGCAGCUGGAGAAGAGCGAAAUGAUUGUCGCCAGCAUGAAACUGGAGUACUCGGAGACGGUGAUCAGGCGCUUCUCGCUGCACGAUCUGCCCACCAUUUUGCAUGUUAAAGAUGGUGUAUUCCGAAAGCUGCCCUUGGCUCAGACCGUUGAUGAGCUCAAGGAGCUGGCGCUAACAAAAUGGCAGGAAACAGAACCAAUGCCCUUUUGGCAGCAUCCAAAUGGUGUACUUAUACAAGCCUACAUACAAUACAUUCGUGCCAUUGAUAAGGUCUACCAGACAACCUGGCUGGAUACGGACUAUGAGCAUGCCACAUGGCUAGUGCGCAUUGGCCUAGCUCUCAUCUUGGCCAUGAUUGUGACGGCCACCUGUGGCGCUUACACCUUUAUACGGGACAAGCGACACACCCCAAAACGUGCCAAGAAACCGAAGAAGGAAUCGGUAGCAAAUGACAAGAACGUCGAGGGUCGUACUUCCUACAAGAAGGGGGCGGUAAAAUAG